CUGAGUUUCCCCACUUUUUCCAGACGCCCUUUAUCAAUAUGGCUGCAGGCAGCCGGCCUUUUGGGAUUUGUAGUUCUAAGCCGCGAGAGGCGCAUUGUACGAAAGCGGUUGCUGGGCUGCGUUGGCUGCCGGGAGUUGUAGUCCUCUCGCCUAUCUCGGCCCCUUCUUGUUUCCGGUGCCGUCACGGGACAGAGCAGUCGGUGACAGCUCCGAGGGCCCCCACUCCGCUCCCAUGGCCGAGCCGGACCGAUUCAGACUCGGACACUGAGGGAGGAGCGACUGGCGGAGAGGCAGAGAUGGACUUCCUGCGGAAUCUAUUCUCCCAGACCCUGGGCCUGGGCUCCCAGAAGGAGCGUCUGCUGGAUGAGCUGAGCCUUGAAGGAGUGACCCGUUACAUGCAGAGCGAGCGCUGUCGCAGGGUCAUCUGUUUAGUGGGAGCCGGAAUCUCCACAUCUGCCGGUAUCCCUGACUUCCGCUCACCAUCCACUGGCCUCUAUGCAAACCUGGAGAAGUACCGCCUCCCUUACCCGGAAGCCAUCUUCGAGAUUAGUUACUUCAAGAAACAUCCAGAGCCCUUCUUUGCUCUUGCCAAGGAGCUCUAUCCUGGGCAGUUCAAGCCAACCAUCUGCCACUACUUCAUCCGCCUGCUGAAGGAGAAAGGGUUGCUGUUGAGGUGCUACACACAGAACAUAGACACCCUGGAGCGAGUGGCCGGGCUGGAGCCCCAGGACCUGGUGGAGGCCCACGGCACCUUCUACACGUCACACUGUGUCAGCUCCAGCUGCCGACAAGAGUACACGCUGAGCUGGAUGAAAGAGAAGAUCUUCUCAGAAGCAACCCCCAAGUGUGAGAAAUGCCAGAGCGUGGUAAAACCUGACAUCGUGUUUUUUGGUGAGAAUCUUCCUCCGAGAUUCUUCUCUUGCAUGCAGUCAGACUUCUCCAAGGUGGACCUCCUCAUCAUCAUGGGCACCUCCCUGCAGGUGCAGCCCUUCGCCUCCCUCAUUAGCAAGGCACCACUCUCUACCCCACGCCUGCUCAUCAACAAGGAGAAGACGGGCCAGACAGACCCCUUUCUAGGCAUGAUGAUGGGCUUGGGCGGCGGUAUGGAUUUUGACUCCAAGAAGGCUUACAGGGAUGUGGCCUGGCUAGGUGACUGUGACCAAGGCUGCCUGGCCCUGGCUGAGCUCCUCGGAUGGAAGAAGGAGCUGGAAGGCCUUGUCCGGAGGGAGCAUGCCAGCAUAGAUGCCCAGUCAGGGUCACAGGCCCCCAACCCCAGCACUACCACUUCCCCGAAGAAGUCCCCACCUCCCGCCAAGGAGGCGGCCAGGACCAAAGAGCGAGAGGGGCAGCAGUGACAGUGACCGCCACCUCCCGAGCAGGGCAGCGGGGCAGCGGGGCAGCGGGGCAGCGGAGCCCCAGCCAGCACCGGGACGCAGUAGAUCCUUCAUUCUCUUAACUGCUUUCUUGAAACCAGGGUCCCCCAACUCAGUCUCAGAAAGUUCUAAUAUACUGAGGGCUGAGGCCUUCACAGCCCAUCUGUUAACAGCCAUAGCCUCUAACCACCCAAGGCAAGAUGCAGCCUCCCCUAACUUCUAACUGCUCCUAACUGCCAGAACAAGGCAUUUCUCCAUCGUUCUCAGGGGGUCUGUGGCGAAACCAAUUAACCUGGCCCACGUGGGGGCUGAACUUCCAUGGUGAAAUAGAACUUCACCCAGGGGGUCCCCAGCCUGAAGGCUCCCAACUCUCUGCCUCCAACAGACAAAGUGGGUGCUGGCCUCCCUUUCCUAGGGACCCACUUGCCAGCCAGUGGGGAUGAGCAGGAGACCUUGUUUAUUGGAAACAGAUUAAAAACCAAAACAACGCAACUAA